AUGCCCAUUUCGAAUAAACCAGUACAACUUUGGGAGACUGGCAGUCAGGGAGCUGAUGACCUCGACUGUGGCGACGGCUUGCAAUGCGUCAGCUCCAUUUCACCCAGUCGUCAGCGUCUCCUUCAAUUGGACUGGACUGCAAUUCUGGACGGCUUUAUCGGACUUUUAGCCGCCCAGGGCCAAACUGGCCGGUUCACUCGAGAUGAGUGCUCUCGAGCCGGUGUGAUACGCAUCAGCAUUGUACCCUGUUUGGUCAAGGUUUGCCAAUUUUUGGCCGACACCAAAACCUCAUCAUCAGUGCUCAGACAAGACGCUGGCCGAGGGCGCUGUUCUGACACGGCCAAAGGGCAAAAGUAUGGCUCGACCGACCAUUUGAGAGAGCGGACUGUGAUUCACCCGCCUCGAUUGACACUCACUGCUUUGGCGGACAAGGGACAAUUGAAGCCAGGCUCGAGACCACACCUUCCGGUAUCUUCACAGUUGGAAAAGUCGGUAUGUACACUCAUGCUGGUUUCAAAAACUUUUCAUUCCCAAAUGAAGAUUGACUUUAAAAAAUACCAUGAUGUGAAAGUGUUUGGUGAAGAGAUUCUAAAGUCGAUCCCAAGAGGAGACGACGACGGAUUUCUCCUCACCACCUGUCGAUUGCCUCUACCGGAACGGGCUUGUGACGCUGUUUCCGAGGCAAUCUCUUUUGAUUCAGAGUUUUGA